AUGGGUGCCGUGUGUAGUUGUUUAUCUCCUCGCCACGAUGAGAAAUAUCUGCCAUUAUUAUUGGCCGACAAUGAAAGAGAGGCCAUUAGUGCCCUUCUUCAAUAUCUUGAAAAUAGAACCGAUGUCGAUUUUUUUAGCAAUGGUCCAUUACGGGCUUUGAGCACUUUGGUGUACUCGGAAAAUAUCGAUUUGCAACGCAGUGCUGCAUUGGCGUUUGCGGAAAUUACCGAGAAGGAUGUACGAGAGGUCAAUAGGGAUGUGUUGGAGCCUAUUCUUAUCCUUUUACAGAGCGCAGACUCCGAGGUACAGAGAGCUGCUUGUGGUGCAUUGGGCAAUCUUGCCGUAAACAACGAAAACAAGACUCUCAUUGUUGAAAUGGGUGGACUUGAACCCUUAAUUCGUCAAAUGAUGUCUACAAAUAUCGAAGUCCAGUGUAACGCUGUGGGUUGCAUAACAAACUUGGCUACACAGGAUGAUAACAAAUCUAAAAUUGCCAAGUCGGGAGCUCUAAUUCCUCUCACUAAAUUGGCCAAGUCAAAGGAUAUCAGAGUGCAACGCAAUGCUACGGGUGCAUUGUUAAAUAUGACCCAUUCCGGUGAAAAUCGUCAGGAAUUGGUUAACGCAGGAGCAGUACCAGUGCUAGUCUCACUCUUAUCAAACGAAGAUGCUGAUGUCCAAUACUACUGUACUACUGCAUUGUCCAAUAUUGCGGUAGAUGAAAUGAACAGAAAGAAACUUGCAACUACUGAACCUAAAUUGGUCUCUCAAUUGGUCAACUUGAUGGACUCUCCAUCUCCUCGUGUUCAAUGUCAAGCUACUCUUGCGUUGCGGAACUUGGCGUCUGACUCAGGUUAUCAAGUGGAAAUCGUUAGAGCCGGUGGCUUACCCCACUUGGUUCAGCUUUUAACCUGUAACCACCAACCAUUGGUUCUUGCAGCUGUUGCAUGUAUCCGCAAUAUUUCAAUUCAUCCGCUCAACGAAGCACUUAUUAUCGAAGCCGGCUUUUUGAAACCAUUGGUUGGUUUAUUAGACUUCACCGGCCUGGAAGAAAUUCAGUGUCAUGCCGUCUCUACGCUUCGGAACUUAGCUGCAUCGAGCGAAAGAAAUAGAAUGGCGUUAUUGGCGGCAGGUGCAGUGGAUAAAUGUAAAGAUUUGGUGUUGAAGGUGCCUUUAUCUGUCCAGCUGGAAAUACUGGCUUGCUUCGCCAUCUUAGCCCUUGCCGACGACUUGAAACCCAAACUUUAUGAGAGCCAAAUUUUAGAGGUAUUGAUACCUCUCACGUUCAGUGAAAACGGCGAGGUGUGUGGUAAUUCAGCAGCUGCCCUUGCCAAUUUAUGCUCUAGAGUUUCGAACGAGCACAAGCAGUAUAUCUUGAAUAACUGGUCACAACCAAAUGAGGGUAUUCAUGGAUUCUUGUUAAGAUUCUUGCAAAGUGGGAGUGCCACGUUUGAGCAUAUUGCGUUGUGGACUAUAUUACAACUUUUGGAAUCCAAUAACACAGAAAUCAAUUCUUUAAUCAAGGAUAAUGAAGCCAUCCUGACUGGAAUCAAGAAACUUAGUGCAUCUCAACAGCAGCCAAAUCAGCAAAACAAUUCUGAUCAAGUGGACCAAUUUGAUGAUCCCAAGGUCGAAUUGUACAACUUGACCCAACAAAUACUACAAAUUCUUGGUUAG